AUGUCUUUCAUUUUUCUUUUCAUUCUUCUUUCUUUAUUUCUUUGUACAUCUCUUUCAUUUUCUUUCUCAUUCUUCUUUUAUUAUUUCUUUUUUUUUUUUUUUCUUUUCAUUCUUCUUUGUAUUAUUUCUUUUACAUCUCUUUCAUUUUUCUUUCUCAUUCUUCUUUGUAUUAUUUCUUUGUACAUCUCUUUCAUUUUUAUUUCUCAUUCUUCUUUUGUAUUAUUUCUUUUAUACAUCUCUUUCAUUUUCUUUCUCAUUCUUCUUUUUUCUUUGUGGAUCUCUUUCUUUCUCAUUCUCUUUUCAUUUUCUUUCUCAUUCUUUUUUUUCUCAUUCUUCUUUUAUUUCUUUUCUUUCCUUUUUUCUUUCUCAUUCUUCUUUCUAUUAUUUAUUUCUUUCUUCAUCUCUUUUUUUUUCUUUCUCAUUCUUCUUUUCUAUUAUUUCUUUGUACAUCUCUUUCAUUUUUUCUUUCUCAUUCUUCUUUCUAUUAUUUCUUUUGUACAUCUCUUUCAUUUUUCUUUCUCAUUCUUCUUUCUAUUAUUUCUUUUUUCUUUAUUUUCUUUCUUUCUUUUUUUCUUUUUUCUUUAUUCUUUUCAUUUUUUUUUCUCAUUUCUUUUUCUAUUAUUUCUUUUAUUCUCUUUUUUUUUUUUCUCAUUCUCUUUUCUUUAUUUCUUUGUACAUCUCUUCAAUUUUUUCUUUCUCAUUCUUCUUUCUUUAUUUUCUUUCAUCUUUCAUUUCUUUCUUUUCUAUUUUUUCAUCUUCUCAUUUUCUUUUCAUUUCUUCUUUAUUAUUUUUUUUCUCUUUCAUUUUUUUCUUUCUCAUUCUUCUUUUCUAUUAUUUCUUUGUACAUCUCUUUCAUUUUUUCUUUCUCAUUCUUCUUUUUUAUUUCUUUGUACAUCUCUUUCAUUUUUUUCUUUCUCAUUUUUUCUUUUUUAUUAUUUCUUUUGUACAUCUCUUUUCAUUUUUUCUUUCUCUUUCUUCUUUUAUUAUUUCUUUGUACAUCUCUUUCAUUUUUUUCUUUCUCAUUCUUCUUUCUCAAUUUUUUCUUUUUACAUCUUUUUUUUUUUUUUUUCUCAUUCUUCUUUCUAUUCUUUUCUUUUACAUCUCUUUCAUUUUUCUUUCUCAUUCUUCUUUUAUUAUUUCUUUAUAUCUCUUUCAAUUUUCUUUCUCAUUCUUUUUGUACAUCUCUUUCAUUUUUUUUCUUUUCUCAUUUAUAUAUUUUUCUUUUCUUUCUUUUUCUCUAUUAUUUCUUUGUACAUCUCUUUCAUUUUUUCUUUCUCAUUCUUCUUUCUAUUAUUUCUUUUUACAUCUCUUUUUUUUUCUUUCUCAUUCUUCUUUGUAUUAUUUCUUUGUACAUCUCUUUCAUUUUUUUUUCUUUUUUGUAUUAUUUCUCUCUUUCAUUUUUUCUUUCUCAUUUUCUUUCCUAUUAUUUCUUUAUACAUUCAUUUUCUUUCUCAUUCUUCUUUCUAUUAUUUCUUUGUACAUCUCUUUCUUUUUUUUCUUUCUCAUUCUUCUUUCUAUUAUUUCUUUUCAAACAUCUCUUUCAUUUUUUUUUUCUCAUUCUUCUUUCAAUUAUUUCUUUUGUACAUCUCUUUUUUUUUCUUUCUCAUUCUUCUUUCUAUUAUUUCUUUUUACAUCUCUUUCAUUUUUUUUUUCUUCUUUGUAUUAUUUCUUUUUCAUCUCUUUCAUUUUUCUUUUCAUUUUCUUUCUAUUAUUUCUUUUGUACAUCUCUUUCAUUUUUUUCUUUCUCAUUCUUCUUUCUAUUAUUUCUUUUGUACAUCUCUUUCAUUUUUCUUUCUCAUUCUUCUUUCUAUUAUUUCUUUUUACAUCUCUUUCAUUUUUCUUUCUCAUUCUUUUUCUUUCUCAUCUCUUUCAUAUUUUUUUUUCUCAUUCUUCUUUCUAUUAUUUUCUUUGUACAUCUCUUUCUUUUUUUCUUUCUUUCUUUCUUUUAUUAUUUCUUUUACAUCUCUUUCAUUUUUUCUUUCUUUUCUUCUUUUAUUUCUUUCUACAUCUCUUUCAUUUUUUUUCUUUCUCAUUCUUCUUUCUAUUAUUUCUUCUGUUACAUCUCUUUGUUUUUUCUUUUCAUUCUUCUUUCUAUUAUUUCUUUUACAUCUCUUUCAUUUUUUCUUUCUCAUUCUUCUUUUCUAUUAUUUCUUUGUACAUCUCUUUCAUUUUUCUUUCUCAUUCUUCUUUCUUUUAUUUCUUUUGUACAUCUCUUUCACUUUUUUUCUUUCUCAUUCUUCUUUCUAUUAUUUUCUUUUCAUCUCUUUCAUUUUUUCUUUCUCAUUCUUCUUUGUAUUUCUUUUUUCUUUUUUCUUUCUCAUUCUUUCAUUUUUUCUUUUGUCAUUCUUUCUUUUUCUUUUUUUUUCAUUUUUUUUCUUUUUUUUUUUCUUCGAUUUUUUUUUUGUACAUCUCUUUCUUUUUUCUUUCUCAUUCUUCUUUCCAUUAUUUCUUUUACAUCUCUUUCUUUUUUUCUUUCUCAUUCUUCUUUCUAUUAUUUCUUUUGUACAUCUCUUUCAUUUUUCUUUCUCAUUUCUUCUUUUUUUGAUUAUUUCUUUUGUUCUUUCAUUUUUUUUUCUCUUCUUUUCUAUUAUUUCUUUGUACAUCUCUUUUUCAUUUUUUUCUUUCUCAUUCUUCCUUCUAUUAUUUCUUUUACAUCUCUUUCUUUUUUUCUUUCUCAUUCUUUUCUAUUAUUUCUUUGUACAUCUCUUUCUUUCUUUUCUUUCUCAUUCUUCUUUGUAUUAUUUCUUUGUACAUCUCUUUCACUUUUUCUUUCUCAUUCUUCUUUGUAUUUUUUCUUAUACAUCUCUUUCAUUUUUUCUUUCUCAUUCUUCUUGUAUUAUUUCUUUGUACAUCUCUUUCAUUUUUUUCUUUUCAUUCUUCUUCUAUUAUUUCUUUGUACAUCUCUUUCAUUUUUUCUUUCUCAUUCUCUUUUAUUAUUUCUUUUGUACAUCUUUUUUUUUCUUUCUCAUUCUUUCUAUUAUUUCUUUUAUACUCUCUUUCACUUUUUCUUUCUCAUUCUUCUUUCUAUUAUUUUCUUUUGUACAUCUCUUUUUUUUUCUUUUCAUUCUUCUUUCUAUUAUUUUCUUUUUCAUCUCUUUCUUUUUUUCUUUCUCAUUCUUUUUCUAUUAUUUCUUUGUACAUCUCUUUCAUUUUUUUUUCUCAUUCUUAUUUUUAUUAUUUCUUUUGUACAUCUCUUUAAUUUUUUUUCUCAUUUUCUUUCUAUUAUUUUUUGUACAUCUCUUUCAUUUUUUCUUUCUCAUUCUUCUUUCUAUUAUUUCUUUUCUACAUCUUUUUCAUUCUUUUUUUUUCUUUCUCAUUCUUUUCUUUUAUUAUUUCUUUUAUACAUCUCUUUAUUUUUUCUUUUCAUUCGAUUCUUUUGUAUUAUUUCUUUGUACAUCUCUUUCAUUUUUCUUUCUCAUUCUUCUUUUAUUAUUUCUUUGUACAUCUCUUUUCUUUUUUUCUUUCUCAUUCUUCUUUCUAUUAUUUCUUUUACAUCUCUUUCAUUUUUCUUUCUCAUUCUUCUUUCUAUUAUUUCUUUUUACAUCUCUUUCUUUUUUUCUUUUCUCAUUCUUUUCUAUUAUUUCUUUUGUACAUCUUUUCUUUUUUUUUUCUUUCUUCUUUCUAUUAUUUCUUUUGUACAUCUCUUUCAUUUUUUUCUUUCUUAUUCUUCUUUUCUAUUUUUCUUUUUUCUUUUCUUUUUCUUCUUCUUUUUAUUUCUUUGUACAUCUCUUUCAUUUUUUCUUUCUCAUUUUCUUUCUAUUAUUUCUUUUGUACAUCUCUUUCCUUUUCUUUCUCAUUCUUCUUUCUAUUAUUUCUUUGUACAUCUCUUUCAUUUUUUUUUUUCUUUUCUUUCUUUGUAUUAUUUCUUUGUAUUCUCUCUUUCAUUUUUCUUUCUCAUUCUUCUUUUUUUUAUUUCUUUGCACAUUCUUUCAUUUUCUUUCUUUCUUCUCAUUCUUCUUUUAUUAUUUCUUUUGUACAUCUCUUUUUCAUUUUUUCUUUCUCAUUCUUCUUUCUAUUAUUUCUUUCUCUUUCAUUUUUCUUUCUCAUUUUUUUUUCAUUAUUUCUUUCUACAUUCUUUCAUUUUCUUUUCAUUCUUCUUUCAUUUUUUUCUUUCUCAUUCUUUCAUUUUUUUCUCAUUAUUUUUUUUUUUCUUUUCUUUCAUUUUUUUCUUUCUCAUUCUUCUUUUCUAUUAUUUCUUUGUACAUCUCUUUCAUUUUUCUUUUCUCAUUCUUCUUUUUAUUAUUUCUUUUGUACAUCUCUUCAUUUUUCUUUCUCAUUCUUCUUUCUAUUAUUUCUUUGUACAUCUCUUUCAUUUUUCUUUCUCAUUCUUCUUUUAUAUUAUUUCUUUGUACAUCUCUUUCAUUUUUUCUUUUCAUUCUUCUUUCUUUUUUUCUUUUUUUACAUCUCUUUCCUUUUUUCUUUCUCAUUCUUAUUUUUUAUUUCUUUGUACAUCUUUUCAUUUUUCUUUCUCAUUCUUCUUUUUAUUAUUUCUUUGUACAUCUCUUUCAUUUUUCUUUUCUCAUUCUUCUUUUAUUAUUUCUUUUAUACAUCUCUUUCAUUUUUUCUUUCUCAUUCUUCUUUUCUAUUAUUUCUUUGUACAUCUCUUUCAUUUUUCUUUUUCUCAUUCUUCUUUGUAUUAUUUCUUUUGUACAUCUCUUUCCUUUUCUUUCUCAUUCUUCUUUCUAUUAUUUCUUUGUACAUCUUUGUUUUCUUUUUUUUUUUCUCAUUCUUCUUUUUCUAUUAUUUCUUUUGUACAUCUCUUUUUUUUUCUUUCUCAUUCUUCUUUCUUUAUUUCUUUGUACAUCUCUUUCACUUUUUCUUUCUCAUUCUUCUUUGUAUUAUUUCUUUUACAUCUCUUUCAUUUUUUUCAUUUUUCAUUAUUUUCUUUUUUCUUUUUUUCUUUCUUAUUCUUCUUUCUAA